AUGGGCAAUGAGACCCCAAGCCACCACUUCCUCGAAGGCAAGACGAUCAUCGUUGCUGGAGGAGGUAUUUCUGGAUCGGCAUUUGUCGUCGGGCUACGCAGGCUUUGGAACCCCGCAUGGAACCCGCCAAAAAUCCUCAUCUAUGAUCGCGACUCUCCAGAAAUCACAGCUCAGCGCGAGGGCUACAGUCUAUCACUCACCGGUUACAACACGUCAGGAGGGCUCCUCGCGCUACGGAAGCUGGGGCUUCUCGAUAGGAUCAUCGACAAGGCUGUUUCAGGGCUUGAUGGGGCUGGCGCCUUCAAGAUCUGGGCGCCUGACUGGAAGGAAUACAUCACCCUGAGGCACGAGCCUAUCGAAGGUUUACCCUCUUCCAGCAUACGAGUGCCGCGAAAGGACGUCCGCCAAGCCAUUCAUGAAGGGCUUGGGCCGAGCGAUGCGGUUGAAUGGAAUACGCGGUGCGUCUCGGCCCACCGACUUGAUAAUGGGCGAGUUCGGGUUCAGGUUGCGAGAAAGACACAGAGCCAGGACAUCGUCACAGACGAGGACUGUGAUCUUCUCAUUGCUGCAGAUGGCGCUAGCAGUAAGAUCCGAGCCUUUUUAAGACCAGAUGACAAUCUCAACUUUGCCGGGGCCAUUCUUCGAGGUGGCAUAUCGAGAUUUGAGCAUGAUCCUCCUGCUCCGGUGGACAAAGACUGGGGGUUCAUGCUGUCAGGAACCGGCAUAUCAUGCUUCUUCUCUCCGGUUGACAAGAAUAGCAUCUUCUGGGGUAUUGGGCAUCUCGAAGCCACUCCAGUUCCGGUGCUUGACCUGGAAAAUUCAGAACAAGUCCAAGCUGUGAUCGAUCGGGGUCUUGAGCUAGGUGCUGCGUUGCAAGAGCCGUUUAGGACUAUUGUCGCGCACACAGACCCAAAGACGGUUCUUUCACACAACGCACGAGACAAGCCAGCCUUUUCCCACGGUAAUAUGAACGAGCUGCCCGUGGUAUUUAUUGGGGAUAGCAACCAUGCCGUGAGCCCAUUUGCUGGGUUUGGUGCCAACUUGGCGCUGUGUGAUUCCUGGGACUUAGCGGAGCAGCUCUCCAACGGGCACUCGCUAAAAGAGGCUAUAUCGGCAUAUGACAAGCUGGCGGUACCACGAGCGAUGAAGAUUCUGAAGGAUUCAAGGGCUCGAUUGAGGAGUGGACACAGUUCCGGGUUGCGAUAUUGGAUACUGUGGCUGAUGCUAAUGGUGGGCAACUUUGUCAGAUGGGUUGUAGGGAGAAAGUGA